UGAAAAUGAUCUUAAAAAACCUCAGAUUGUUACUCUGAGCAAAAAACAAUCUCAAAUACUUGAAAUUCAAUUUUUCAACAUCAUUCGACAGAUGGUCUCUUAUAGAAAGAGUUCUGUAGUACGAAGCUGUCGAAUCGGUCUAAAAGCCAUUCCCAUUUUCCAUUAUUAAGAUUUUGGUUAGAAUUAGGCUAUAAUUUAUAAUUCUCCGGCCAACUAUAAUUUUAGUAAUAGUUUAUAAUAUUUGUUUAUGAGCAGGUUUACACUACUAUUUUCCUCGUUCAAACAAGAUAUAAGAAAGGGAAUACUCACCUGUAGAAAAAGAAUAUCUACCUUCAACUACAACAAAAUGGAAGGAGUGAUAACUACUUCAAGUGGUAUGGAAAGAUCAGACGUUAGUAUUGAGGUGUCCCCUUCAAAAAAAUCAAAUUUUGUUGGAAUAUCUCCUCUGAGAGAGUUGACAAAUGUGAAAACUCCGUCAGAUAGACCAUUCAGAGUAUCUAUAGAAGGCAACAUUGGUGCAGGAAAGUCCACACUCAUCCAGUAUUUUCAAAACAUGCCAGAAAUUGAUACAUAUCCAGAACCUCUUGAAUGGUGGCGAAAUCUUGAUGGUCACAAUCUCCUAGACCUCAUGUAUUCAAACAAUAAGGAAUGGCUUAGAGUGUUUCAAAGUUACGUUCAGUUUACUAGACUGAAGCUCCAAACUUCCAAACCCUCAAGUACAUCUACUACAGUUCAGAUGUUUGAGAGAUCAAUACAGAACAAUAGAUUCUGUUUCCUGGAACUCGCUUACAGAAGUGGAUACUUACAUGGAGCUGAUUACUCUGUUUUAGACCAAUGGUAUAGAUGGAUUAGAGCUAAUGAAGAUAUAAGCUUGGAUUUAAUUGUGUACCUCAGAAGUAGCCCUGAAGUAGUUUAUGAGAGGGUAAAAGAGAGAGGUAGACCAGAAGAAACAGGAGUGAGUCUUCAGUACUUAACAGAAUUACAUGAAAGCCAUGAAAGAUGGCUAAUGACAGACGAUGAAAAGUUAAACACUACACCAGUACUAGUUUUAGAUGCAGAUAGAACUCGGGAGGAAAUUAUGGAACAAUAUAGAAAAAACGAGGAGAAAAUAUUAGGUUAUGACAAGCUGCAAAGGAAGAAAGUGAGUGAAGAUGAUAAGAUUAAAGUGAAAAAGACUUUAGCCUUCUAAAAUUAUCAGGCAUUCAAAUGUCAAUAGACCAAUUGUUGGAUUUGAAGAUUGUAUAUAGUAAUAGUACUUUUGUAAAACUUCAUCUUGAUAGUCCCAACUGAAAGUGGUCUGUACCGUUACACAUAAAUUCAGCAUUUCAACAGGAAUAGCAAAUUUUUAUUGAGAUUACAGAGACCUCUGAAGUGAGAAAAUAUGUUUAUAUUUUGAAUACACGGACCCUUUACCUGGUUAAAAUCAAUAACACUAUUCAUCAUAACAACUACAAAUUUUCACAAUAUUUUCCAAUACGCAUUUCACUACAUGGUAGCAUCCUCAGUUGGACAGCAGUCCAAUUGAGUAAUAUAUAUUUAAGAAACAAACAAUAAUACAGGUAUUGGGGGGCAACUGCCACCCCAUAUAUCUCAAUUUAUGCCUUUGACCAAUGUGUUGAUUUAUGACAACAAAAAAUUAUGAAUGGAUAAUUAUAGUAGUGUUUUUUUUUGGUGUCCGAUGUUUCUCCUGCUUUAGAUAUUGUUUCCAUCUGCCUCAGACCUACGAAUCUUGUACAAGUUAAUAUUGAUAUCUUAAGAAAGUCAAAUGUAAGUAUGAAAUAUAAGAAAUAUGUAGAAAUAGAUUGUCAAGUAAC